AUGUUGAUCACAUAUACUCUUGAACAUGUCGCACAACAAUAUGCAUUACUUGUCAAAGAACAACGUCAAAAAGUGAUUAACUAUGAAAAAUUACAUGAUAAAUGGAUAAUGCAUAUAAAUAUAAAUCGAAAUCGUUUAUUAGAAUUAUUUAAUAGACUUAAUAAAAUUGAACAAUCUAUGAACAAUACAAAAAAUAUUUUUCAACAAUUUGAUCAUAGCAAAUUAUCAUAG